AUGAAGAACUCCGCUCUCCCUACGAUCGAGAAACGACGUCGUGGAGUCCGCCUCCGGCGCCUGAACGGCCAUCGAGGAGGAGAUUUGGAAACCGGGUCGGGUUUUGCCCGCUCGAAGGGAGACCGGUUUCAGGGAAUUAGAAUUGUGAAACGACGCCGAGGAGAGACGAGAGACGGAAGGAGCUGUGAAAGUGGAGGAAAGCGAUCGUCGGCUGACGGCCGUGGACGGCAGAGUUAUGGCGGCGGCAAUCGCCAUUGGCGUAAGAUGUCUAGAAAGGGGUUCCAUAGCACCUUACUUAUUCUAUGCCGCGACCUUCGGCCUUCAUUUCCGGAGAAUAGAAGAGAACUUCUUAGUUGCGACCCAAAUCGGAUAAGGGACAGUAUCUAUGAGCUUACGAUUUGUGUUGUUUAG